AUGCACGCCGAGAAACAUCAUGGAGGCCAGCGAUCGGCGGAAAUGCUACGCGCCACCCAGGAAAGCUUAAGCAUCCUCGAGAAGAUGGGCCAAUUCUGGGACCAUGCUUCCAAGAUGCAUCGUCGACUUUUAGCUUUCAACAGUCACGCUCAUCUCUUCACGUCACUAUUCAAUGCCCACAAAUCUCCUGAUCUGGGCCCAGAACUGGAGGCGGCGCUGUGGUCUAUGAUCGACUAUGGUUCCAUGUGCCGCGAUUCGAAUCUCUCUGUGCCGAGUCCGACACUUGUCCUUCCGUCAGAGACACCCUUUUCAGUUCAGCUCGAACUUAGUGAGGAUCAAGGCCUAGGCCUAGCAGAUAGCCCCAGCAUGGUGUUGUCGAAUAUUGACUCUACGGCGAUGAGCUUUGAUACUCCUAGCAUUUCGUAUCUUUUCGAGUUGGCAUCUAGCGGCGGUUAA